GAAAAAAAGGGCUUCAUCGUGAGGACGGGUGCAGGGUUAAAUCGAUUUAAUGCUGCUAAAUUCGACCUCAACUCCUAGUGUAGACCAAGGGACAAAGACAGACUUUCUGCCUAAUGGCUUGUGUUUACAAGGUAUUCCCAAGACUGUCUAGUAAGCAUUACACCCUUCACAGUGUUUUAUGUGCAUUAAAUGUUUGUUCACUAUAGAAUCCUAGAAUAUCAGGCAUGGAAGGGACCUCAGGAGGUCAUCUAGUCCAACCCCCUGCUCAAAGCAGAACCAAUCUGCAAUUUUUGCCCCAGAUCCCCAAAUGGCCCCCUCAAGGAUUGAACUCACAACCCUGGGUUUAGCAGGCCAAUGCUCAAACCACUGAGCAAAUGCCCACGGGAACAGGACAGUAAUCAGUUUUCCGUGGCAGAGGGAAGGUGUUAGAAACAGAGAGUGAACAGACUGGAAGGGGCAGCAGGAACAGUAAGUGGGGAGGGAGGUUCGCAGCUCCCAGCCCUGCCCAGAUCCAUUCCCUGCACACCCUGGGCAGACUGACUCUCCUGGAAACAAGGUGAGGAGCUGACAGAGCAAAAGCCACUUCCUGUCCCGGAGGAGUCCCCACGCUGCUGGGGGGAUGCACUGCCCUCUGGGCCAAUGUCAGGGGGAUCCCCAAAAUGGCUCCUUUGAUUCUGCUCUUUUUCCAACAUUCUGCUCAGAGAUGCUGUUAUGGGGAGGGUUUAAUGGUGUCCUGGUGGGUUUAGUUCUGCUGGGAGGGGCCUUGCCUGGAUGGUAAUAAACUAACUGGGUUUCUUCCCAGCAUGGCAAAGUCCGGAGAGUCUGUCUCCAGGGAGAGAGCCUGGGGGGAAUCAGGCUGUGACAUGGACUCAAGCCCCUUCUGAAACCUCCCCCAUCGCCCCUCUCGCCCCAACAGGCUGAAGAAUCACAUCUACAUUUCGCUCCAGAUUGUCCUGUCUUCCGGGAGACGAGGAAGAGAAAUGGCUGUGAUGGAGCCAGCUCAGAUGCCGGUGACCUUCGAGGAGGUGGCUGUGUAUUUCACCCAGGGGCAGGGGGCUCUGCUGGACCCCGCUCAGAGAGCCCUCUACAGGGACGUCAUGCAGGAGAACUACGAGACGGUGACCUCGCUCGGAUUUCCCAUUCCCAAACCUGAGCUGAUCGCCCAGCUGGAACGAGGGGAGGAGCCGUGGGUCCCGGAUCUCCAGGCCUGCGAGGAAAGAGAGAUCCUGAGAGGCACCCGCACAGGUGAUGAGCGAGGGAGUGAGAACGAGGAGGGGAAUCAUCAUGAGGAUGUUCCUGGGGAAGUGGAAUCACAAGGGACCUUUGUGGGAAGAUCUGAAGGGAAUUUUUCCCAGUGCUUGGAACAGGGAGAAGCCUGGGGAAAUUGGCACAGGUCAGAGAGGCUGCUGGGAAACCACCCAAGGAAGAAAGUGGAUGAAUCUGUUAUAUAUGGGGGAGGAGACAAGGAUCCCACAGCCCAGCAGACAAAUCCCAAGGAAGAGAAACCCUACCACUGCCUGCAGUGUGGGAAAGGAUUCAUUCUGAGAUCACAGCUUGUUACACAUCAAACAAUCCAUAACAGCUCAGACUUUAAUACCCAUGGGAGAAAUGACACGAGAGAGAGACGCUAUCAAUGCCUCAAGUGUGGCAAAUGUUUUAAUUGGACGUCAGCACUUAUUACACAUCAGGCAACCCACAUGGGAGAGAGACCCCAUAAGUGCUUGGAGUGUGGGAAAAGCUUCAGUAACAGCUCAAAUCUUACUAAACAUCGGAGAAUCCACAUGGGAGACAGACCCUAUAAAUGCCUCGAGUGUGGGAACUGUUUCAGUCAGAAGACCACCCUUAUUAUGCAUCAGAAAACCCACACAGGAGAGAAACCCCAUAAGUGCUUGGACUGUGGGAAAAGUUUCACACAGAGAUCAGCCCUGAGUACACAUCAAACAAUCCACACAGGAGAGAGACCCUAUAAAUGCCUCGACUGUGGGAAAAGUUUCAUUCAGCGCUCACACCUUCUUCGACAUCUGAGAAUUCAUACUGGGAAUAAACCUCAUAAAUGCCUCCACUGUGGGAAAAGUUUCAUUCAGAGAACAAACCUUAUUUCCCAUCAGACAAUCCACACAGGAGAGAAGCCCUAUAAAUGUUUGGACUGUGGGAAAAGCUUCAAGAACAACUCCUACCUCACUAAACAUCGGACAAUCCACACGGGAGACAGUCCCUAUAAAUGCCUCCUCUGUGGGAAAAGUUUUGUUCUCAGUUCCGACCUGAUUGUGCAUCAGAGAAUUCACACAGGAGAGAAGCCCUACGUAUGCUUGGACUGUGGGAAAAGCUUCAAGAACAACUCCUACCUUACUAAACAUCGGAGAAUGCACACAGGAGAGAGACCUUAUAAAUGCCUUGAUUGUGGGAAAUGUUUCAGUCAGAAGUCAUCCCUUAGUACCCAUCAGACAAUCCACACUGGAGAGAGACCCAAUAAAUGCUUGGACUGUGGGAAAAGUUUCACCCAGCGUUCAGCCCUUGUUAUACAUCAGAGAAUCCACACAGGAGAGAGACCCCAUAACUGCUUGGACUGUGGGAAAAGUUUCACGCACAGAUCAGCCCUCCUUAGACAUCAGGCAAUCCACACAGGAGAGAGACCCCAUGAGUGCUUGGAAUGUGGGAAACGUUUCAUUCAGAGAUCAACCCUUAUUAGACAUCAGGCAGUCCACACAGGAGAAAGACCCCAUGGGUGCUUGGAUUGUGGGAAAUGUUUCACCAACAGAUCAUCCCUUAUUAGGCAUCAGGCAAUCCACACAGGCGAGAGACCCCAUAAGUGCUUGGACUGUGGGAACAGUUUCAUUCAGAGAUCGAACCUUAUUAUACAUCAGAGAAUCCACACGGGCUAUAAACCUCAUAAAUGUCUGGCCUGUGGGAAAAGUUUCAGGAAGAGCUCAUACCUUACUAAACAUCUAAGAACUCACAAAGGUGUGGGAGACCCCAGGAACGGCUUGAUUGUGGAAAAAGAUUCAAUCCUAGCUCACACAUCAGUGAUCCACAAAACGGAGAGACCUUGAACAUGGGGGAAGCUUCAUUUGGUGCUCCCGGAGUAUCAGACAUCCGCGAAUCCGCACAGGGAAGAAACUGCUGAGAUGUUCUCAGUGUGGAAAAUGCUCCAAGAGGAGCUAACACCACAGUGGACAUCAGAGACGCCCCCACACAGCCAGGAAAUUCUCUGAGUGCCCUGACUGGGGCUGGCCAUGGUGACAAACCCAUUUCCUCAUUCCCACACACAUCAGGGACGUUUGGCUUCCAAGGAUCCAGCAGCCCAUCGCUGGGGUGAGGAUCCAGCAGCAGCUGAGCAUCAGCUGGUCAGUGACCUUCUGGCUGUGCCUGGUCUAAGCAAACCCCAGGCAGAGGAGAAGCCCCCAUCGGCCCCUCCUCCCUGCUGCAGCCUUGGCUGCUGAGCUGAUGGGCCACAGGUGGGGGAAGGGAGAGAGAGAAACUCCUCCAGAUGCUCCCUCUGCCUGGCUGAAGUUCCCCCCCGCCUCCUGUCCCCUCCCAGACGGGAUCCCCCUGCCAUGGCACUGAGGAGAAGGACACUUGGCCAGGCCCUACCUUCACUCUAGACAGCUGUCCCAACCCCCCAUCUUCCACCAGCCCCUGGGCUGGGCUCUCCCGCUUACCUGGAGCUGUUCACUCCCCUGGGGGCUGGUAACGCCUCCCCUCCUCAAAUCCCCCAGGGCUCUGGGUUCUGGGGGAUCAAAUAUUGAGGGACCAGGGUGAUGGAUUCUGGGGUAGGAAACUGGGGAUUGAAUGGUUGGGGGUGGUGGAGCUGGGAAGCAGGGGGAGUUGGGUGCUGGGGUAUUGAGUGUUUGGGGAUCAUGGAUAAGGGGCGAGGGAGAGCACGGGGUAGAGAGGUGCCUCUCCUCACAAGCCCCCUCUGCCCCUUCCCCCUGCCCCCUCUGCAUUCAGACAGCGCCGCUGAGAGGGGCUGAUUCCCACAGGGCCUUUUGUGGAAGGUCUCAAGAUCCCACAUCUGCCUACGCAGCGUCAGCCUCUGAGCGUCUGUCUAUGGUAGAAAAUGUGGUCGGGAUCACCCAGAGCAUCUCUAUGACCCUGCACCAGAUUUUGUGGUGUAAACUGUGUGACACUGGCCGACCAGGUGCCAGCUCCUGCCAGAGCCCUAGGCCAAUUCACUUGUGUAUUAGGCUAGAUUAAAGAGAUGGUUAAACAUAUAAGAGUGUAUUUGGUGUUUAAACUUCAUGAAAAGCAAUGGGAUGUUACUUGCAUUGUUUUCACUUAACUAUAUCUUGUUAUAAUGUAGUAGUGAAUAUUUUGCAUUGUGUAUACCCCUGUAACGAAAUAACCCAUCAAAUGAGGAAGAAGCCUUGUGGAAUGCAAAUGAACUUUAACAGAAAGAAGCUAAUUUCAACGCAAGUGGGCAUUGUGUGUUAUGAAUGGAGGUCAAAGACUCAAAAUGCAUUCCUCACUCUCUGUCAUCAGAGGAAGAGCCAACGUGGGUAGUGACCCUGUCAGCCUGUUUUUUGUGACAAGAAGCUAUAUAUAUGGAUUUAAAGAAAGAUCCUGGAUCUCUGGACUGUUUGGACUCUUACAGGGAAGUGUAUCAGAUACAAAGCUGAGACCCCAAGGGACAAUCUGGAUGCCCUGAAAAGACUUUUGGGAAACUGGCAGUUUAUUACAUCGCUGCCACCCUUUGGAAUAACAAACUGUGACUCACCUGGGCAUACAUCUUACCUGCUUUAACCUCUCAAUAACUCUCACUUCCUUUUCUUAGCUAAUGAUCCUUUAGUUAAUUUACUAUAGAACUGGCUACCAGCGUUGUCUUUGGUGUAAGAUCUAGGGUACCAAUUGCUCUGGGGUAAGUGCCUGGUCUCUUGGGACUGGGAGCGACGUGAUGUGAUUUUUGGUGUAAGUGACCUUUCAUCACAAAGUCCAGUUUCUCUGGGUGGCAAGACAGACUGGAGAGUCUAAGGGGACUGUCUGUGAGUCUAGGGUAAGACUGGGAUAGUGAUCCAGGAGUUCAUAUUUGUCACUGGCUUGGUGAAAUCUAAUUACAGGAUGAACCAGCAGCUUGGGGGGGUGUCUGCCCGGUUUUCUGCCAGACUGCCUGGAGGUCAGCAUGCCCAGUUGUGAACCACUCCAGACAGUGUGACAAACUCACCUGGAGCAUUUUAUCUCUUCGGAUCUCCCCCACCCCGCCCUCCCUCAUUAGCAGUGAUCAUUAGUCCCUGAGUUCCCCCUGUGGGGCCGGAUUGUCUCAUUCCCAGAUAGUCUCACAUUACUCCAGGCCCUGCUGAAAAGCAUUUAGUGUUCGUACAUUUUCUCCCUUAUGGGCCAGAAUUAAACACAUGUUAAAAGAAUGGGAGCAGGGACAGUGAAAUAUGGUGUUUUAGCUUCUGUGCUAUUUCAGGGUGAUGGGGUGAGACUGAGGGAUUUCCUCCUUCCCCCAGCACCGUCACACUCCACUCUCAACAGAGCAGCCUCUGUCCCAGCAAUGGAGAGUUUUAUCCUGUCCCCGUUCUACCCCUCCACCUCCCACGGUGUCAUUUACCACCCUGUCCCUGGCUCUCCAUGCCUUGGAAUCACAGUUUUGAUGUCUAUGAUCCUAAGUCAGACCCCUGAGGGCUGGAGAAGGAAGGGUCACAGACCUGGAAGGGAAUCCAAAUGAACCUCAAAGCACAUUUUGACCUUUCUGAUCUUAUAUCCCCAUUUGCCUCUCUUGGUAAAAUUGCUUCCAGUUUUUGUCUGGGCUAGUCCAGAUCAUUUGUAGACGGGAAGCUGGUUUGUGAGGUUUUGGUCUCUUAAGAUGAUGCAAAAACUUUUGUAACUAACAUGACCAACUGUGGUCGUGGUCCUGUGGUCAUGAGGUGAGAAGUCAAGCAGGUUUAGCCCCUUUAGAAGAAAAUGGGUUCACUAUUUGUCUGUAUUUUGAGUCUUCAGAUUCUCUGGAACUUCACUUUCUGAAUAUGAAAGUGAGUUGUAGCUCACCCUGUAUUGUGGCUUUUUCUCUGUUCCCGAAGACCUUUUGGUCACAUACAGUAACUCCUCCCUUAAAGUCGUUCCGGUUAACCUUGUGUCAUUGCUGAUUAAUUAGGGAACAUGCUCGUUUAAAGUGGCGCAAGGCUCCCUUAUCAAGUUGUUCGGCAGCUGCCUACUUUGUCCACUGCUUGCAGAAAGAGCAGCCUGUUGGAGCGAGCUGGUGGGGGCUUGGAACCAGGGUGGACCAGCAGCCCCCCAGCAGCUCCCCGCUCCCCUAAGUUCCCUGUGUGGCAGCCGCCCAGCAGGCUAUCAAUUGCCUGGAGUUCAGCUGUCCCUCCCCACACUGCCAUGUGCUGCUCCUGCCCUCGGCCUUGGAGCUGCUCCCAGAAGCCUCCUGCUUGCUGGGGGGGGGAGGGGGUUGGGGAAGAGGGGGGCUAAUGUCAGGUUGUCCCCCUCCCCCCUGUUCUUGCCCCCUGCUUACCACCUCUCUACAGAGCAGGAGCAGAGACACAACAGGGCUCAGGACGGAGGGAGCUUGCUGGCAGCAGCUGCUGUCUCAACUUGCUGAUCUACUUAAAAAGGCAAUGUACUUAGAGUGGGGUCAGUGUACUUAAAGGGGCAAUGCUCAUCUCUCACACAUGGUGUGUGUCUCUGUCUGCCAUGCUGUGUCUCUUUCCUCCACUUGUGCUACCUUGUAGAGUGAGAGGCUACAUUAACAACAAUGUGUUAACCCUUGAGGGCUCAGCCGAGUGCUAGUUCAUCAUUUAGCAGUAAGGCAUUCCCUGGGAAAUAUCCCACCCUCUUCCACCCUCUAACUUCACCACCUCAACCAAGCUUCACAAUCAUAAUUGCUGUGCAUAAUAUUAAAUGGUUUGUUUAAAACGUAUACUGUGUCU